AAGCCUCCCAUACUGACUUUUUAGCUCUCUUUUCUUCCUCUCGCUCCUUUCACUCCCUCAGACGACUGCCUCCUCAACUGCGGCUCUUCCUCCAACGUCACCUUCUUCAACCACUUCUUCAUCGGAGAUUUCAAUUCCGGGUCGGGUUUUGUCUCCACAGGCCGGUCUAUUUCAGUCACCAACAACAAAAUCCCACCUCCAAACUCACCCUCUCCUUACCACACAGCAAGAGUUCUCACCACUGCUUCAAGCUAUAGCUUAAGCGCUAGGAAAAUUGGAACUCACUUGGUAAGUUUUCAUUCCUCACCGUUUUCGGCUCAGGGUUUUAAUUUGGUUGAAAACUCGAUAGUUGGUUUUGUAGUCAUUCGUCAAGGAGCGGUUCAAAUCGGAUUGGGCUUUGCGGAAAACAAAAGAAGGCUUGCUAUUGUUCAGUUUAUUCUUCUGAGGUUUAUAAUAGGAAGUUGUGAUACAAAGCUCCUAGAACUGCUGGAUUGUAGAGAUUGCUCAACUCUUGGGCGUUGUAUGCUUAUGUAAGGUCCAUUAUUAAGCGAUAGCAACUGCAGUUCAUAAAAAUCGAAUCAGUCUGGAUCCUAUAUUUUUGACAGCUGAAGCUUCAUCUGGAUGUUUUUAUGCAGUCAAUAGGCGUGGUCAGGUGUUACUUGCCACUGUAAAUGAACAAACAAUUGUACCUUUUGUUAGUGCCAGAAGAGGAAAUCUUCCUGGUGCUGAAGACUUGGACGACAAAGUUACUAGAUGAAGAAAUUGAAGAGGACGAGAUGUUCUGGAAUCAGGAGGCUCUUAAAGAGGAGGAAGAAGAUGAUAACUAUGAAGUGGAGCUGAAAGUUACUGAUUUGUUUGAUAAUGACUUUGUUAAAGAUUUCCUAAGCUGGAUUGAGCGAUGCUGUGAUUUGGUGUUGAAGCAUCUUUCAGUCAUGCAGAAACAAAGCCAUGGAGCAAAGUCUAUGAAAAUGAAGAGAGAAACCGCAGCUAAAGAUAAAGAAGCUGCAGCAGCCAAGGUGGAUGCUGACAAAAAGAACAGAAUUAUAAACUCAUCUAAGAAUUUACUUCUAAUUGCUGGGGGUGACAAAAGCAUCUUCAAUGUUUGGUUACACGAGAUUUAUUGAAGAUAAUGUGGAGAUUUAGUGUUUAUGAGCAAUGUGUCCUAUUAGGAUCAUACGACAAUAAUUCCCGCAGCAAAGUGCGGGCACUUUUUCUAGUAAUAGUCAUAGGGGACAGAUAUUCAAAGCAUGCAUGCAUUUGAAGUAUCAAGUCAUAUAAUAUAAUUAAGCAUGUAAGAUAGGACGAAAGUACUCAUCUGCAGGUGUGUAUGCAUGGAACAGAAGCAGUCCAGGUACAUGGGUUCAAGAGACUUAGUGGAUUAAGUGUGUAUGUGUAACGUCCUGUAUCUUAAUUUACCCGUUUACUAGUCAUUUGGACUGUAAACGACAACUAUUUUCACUUUUACUAUCGUUUCGGUACUUUUAGUGGCACU